CGAGCGGCCACUGACGUCACCGCGCCGUUGAUUUGCUGAGGCGGGCGCGGAGGGGAGUCAGUGCGCGCGAGAGCGGGUACUGUGAACUGCGCUCUGUAUACACGAGUCUCCUCAAUAGAGCCCUGUACGGAAGCGGCGCGUGCAAGCGACCUGCAGACUCAUCUUAUCUUGUUUACAAAGAUAACUGAACAGACUGCUGAGUGGAAAGAGAGAGAGACUCAUGAAUUGGCCUGGCGGGUUACGGAGACGUUAUGGAUCUGACUAAAAUGGGUAUGAUACAGCUCCAGAACCCCAACCACCCCACCGCGCUGCUGCACAAGGCCAAUCAGAUGCGCCUGGCCGGCACGCUGUGUGAUGUGGUCAUCAUGGUUGACAGCCAGGAGUUCCACGCUCACCGGACUGUGCUGGCAUGCACCAGCAAGAUGUUCGAGAUCCUUUUCCAUCGCAACAGCCAGCAUUAUACCCUUGACUUUCUCUCGCCAAAGACCUUCCAACAGAUUCUUGAGUAUGCUUACACUGCCACGCUCCAAGCGAAAGUGGAAGACUUGGAUGACUUGUUGUACGCAGCAGAGAUACUCGAGAUCGAGUAUCUUGAGGAGCAAUGCCUGAAGAUCCUAGAGACCAUCCAGUCUUCGGAUGAGAACGAUGCGGAGGUGAACAUGAAUGACGGCGGCACAGAGGAGGAUGACGAGCACAAAGGGAGGCAUGGCAGGAGCACCACCGGCUCCAAGAAGCAUUCCAUGGCGGACAGCGUCUAUGUGUCCACUGCCCAGCAGGCACUGGCACUGUCCAGCAUCGUAGAUCAGAGUCCAUCUGUGUCUACUUCCUUCGGUCUCUCCACAAUGAGCCCGACCAAAGCUGCAGUAGACAGUCUGAUGAGCAUUGGCCAGUCGCUGUUGCAGAGCAGCAUGCAGCAUGGCCUGGGCACUGGGCAGACCCUACAGGGUAACCUUCACUCUGUAAUGCCGGAGAUCAAGACAGAGAUGAUGCAGGUGGAUGAUGCUAAUGGCCGUGAGAGCCCCAGACCCAUGGAGUCCAGCACCUCGAGCAAUGGAGACCGCAAUAGCGAUGGCGAUAAGAGUCGUGAUGGGCCCGGUACCCCCACCAGAAGCAGUGUAAUCACCAGCGCCCGUGGGUUACAGUACGUCCGCGAGGACGGGGGAGGUGAUCACCCAAGUGAGGGCAUCCAGAUUGGGCUAGAAGGUAUGCCAGGUAUGACUGAGAAACACCUGGCCUCUCUCUACGGCCUGCCGCUCAACCAUAAGAGUGAGGCCUUGCUCUCCAUGCCUGCCUCCAUGGCCUCCACCCUGCACAUGUCGCCGGCUCUGGCCAUGUCCAUGGACUUCAGCGCCUACAGCAGCCACCUGCCACAGAGCUUCAUCCAGAGGGAGUUCUUCAACAAGUUGGGUGAGCUAGCAGCCGGCAUGAAGCCCGAUGGGCGCGGUGGGCAGAACGAGCGAUGCAACGUGUGCGGUGCCGAGCUGCCUGACAACGAGGCUGUGGAGCAGCACAGGAAGCUGCACAGCGGAAUGAAGACCUACGGCUGUGAGCUGUGCGGCAAGCGCUUCCUAGACAGCCUACGCCUGAGGAUGCACUUGCUGUCUCACUCAGCUGGAGAGAAAGCCAUCGUGUGUGACCAGUGUGGAGCCCAGUUCCAGAAAGAAGAAGAUCUGGAAGCACACAGACAGAUUCACACAGGAUCAGACAUGGCCAUCUUCUGUCUGCUGUGUGGGAAGCGCUUCCAAACCCAGACGGCCCUGCAGCAGCACAUGGAGGUCCACGCCGGGGUCCGCAGCUAUAUCUGCAGCGAGUGCAAUCGCACCUUCCCGAGCCACACUGCACUCAAACGCCAUCUUCGCUCCCAUACAGGGGACCAUCCAUACGAGUGCGAGUUCUGUGGAAGCUGCUUCCGUGAUGAGAGCACGCUGAAGGGCCACAAGCGCAUCCACACCGGAGAGAAGCCCUAUGAAUGUAAUGGCUGUGGCAAGAAGUUCAGCCUGAAACACCAGCUGGAGACCCACUACCGUGUGCACACAGGUGAGAAGCCUUUCGAGUGCAAGCUGUGUCACCAGCGCUCGAGGGACUACUCGGCCAUGAUCAAACAUCUGCGCACCCACAACGGCGCCUCGCCCUACCAGUGCACCAUCUGCCUGGAGUAUUGCCCCAGCUUGUCCACCAUGCAGAAGCACAUGAAGGGUCACAAGCCAGAGGACAUCCCGCCAGAUUGGAGGAUCGAGAAGACCUAUCUGUACCUGUGCUACGUGUAAUUGAGGCUGAGCCCUGCAUAGGGUCGAGUAGGGAUUAGGAUCGGGGGUGGGAGAGCAUAAGGAUGGAAUACACGGAGGAAGCAAAAAGGGGGGAAUGUUUACAUUUUCGGCAGCAGGGCUGGGCAAGUCGAAAGACAGGACGAGGAAAAAUAAUGUACUUAAGUAUGGUGGCGUUGUCAUGUUGUAGUAUUGUGUUCUGUUGUGUUGUGGUGGUGUCGUGACUCAAACAGGAAGUCUGCUCUACUCAUUCAGGAUUCUGCUCUGGAUCAGCCAGAGAUCCUCGAAAUCAAGUAUUCUAAUAAUUACUCCUGGUUAUCCCCUGGUUAAUAGCUAAGAUCUGACCCCAUUAACUUCACAGACAUACCAGGAGGUGUUGCAGGCACUUCCAUCUGCCAGGAAGAUGUCUUCACAUCUGAUUUAUAGUACAGCAGGUCAUUGUCUGAUGGUACUGUUUAUGGAUUUGUAAAGAGGAUUUUUAUUGAUGUACCACAGCUCCUUGGUGGGUAGAGCCUUCUUGCUUGAUUGACAUUCAUUAAGGGUUUAUUGGCUGAACCAGCAUACAAACCAGCUAUUCAUAAAUGCCAUUUCACUUUUCUCAACAUAAUCUCUGUCUCUGCAUCAUAGCCUGUCAUAGCUUCAUUGCACAUAUUACGAUGACAAUUUCUGUUUGAUUUAUUUUUUUUUGCUUCAACAUAAUCGAGUGCAACAUUACACCAUUCUUCUGCUGUAUGUUUUCAUUUAAUAUUAACUGGACAUUUUUUGCUUCAUUUAUUACUCAUUUAGUUUCUUUUCACAUAACAGGAAAUCAGUUUAACACAAAAUAAUCAGCUUCAAAACAGGAUUCAGCAGUACAUUACAUUAAGGAGCGCACUAGAAUCUAAUCAACUGUGUAUAUUCUGAUAUAGAGACCAAAAUAAUGACUAAAGCUGCUUUUGCCAGUGGCUUGGACACUAAAGGGCACUGUGAUGUACAGGACUGGUCUCCACAUAUCUGAGAGAAGAGUGAAAGCAGAUUUCACAUUUGGGAGGUAUGAGGCCUGCCUGGUCUGUCCAGCCCAGAGGGCUACCAUGAAAGAAUAGAUCAACUCUUUGUAUGGUUUUGUUCCUUUGCUAUGUCUGUAUUUCCUAUGUUACCUUGAUUUGUUAGCACAUUGUGCUUGAAUUACCUCGUAUUUUUUUGUGACCUCAUGUGCUUGUGUUUUAAUUUUUCUUCUGUUUCUUCUUUUUUGUGUGUAUGUAUAUUUGAUUACAUGCACAUGUGAUGUCUGCCUGCUAUGUUUUGCAGAGGAGAUGUGAAAAACGAUGUGCCACGGUGAUGAGAGAUUAUUAUUGUGUUAUUGUUACCAAACUUGGUAUUUUUUUUUUUUUUAUUAACCCUGCUUGUUUAAGAGCUUGUGGGUUUGGUCAUUUUUUUGUAAGCUACCUCUAAGUUUUGUUUUUUGUUUUUUUCCUGGCAGAAGCACAUUUUUUGUGUUUGAACUUUUCAUCUCAUGCUUUCCGUCUGUUGAGAUUUGGAAGUGACAUGUAAAGGGCCAGAUGUGUUAAUGAUGGAUAAUGUGGAAAAAAUAAGCGUUUAUUUGCUCUGACCCCCCACCCCCCACCCCCCCACCCCGAACACACACACCCCACCAGACCUUUUCUUUAAGAGCAGAAAAGAGAUUUUUCAGCCUUAAGCUUGGGGUAAGAGUUGAUCUAUGAGGUAUGUAUUGAAUCAAUGGAGUGUAGUUCUUAAAGUAAAAAAAAAAAGCAUUAAACUUGAAAAUAUGUGAAUAGAAUUGUAGUUUUGUAAUGUGAAAAAAAAAGAUGGUUCACAAAGCCUGAACCGCUAAGAACAGGUCAUAUGCAGCUGUGCAUUGUGCGUUGGACAAUUGGGACUGCAAGUGGUAAUCGAGGAUGAAAAAAGGAAAAAAAAAUGAUAUCCUGUCGAUCAACGUUUCUUUAUAUGAGUGUAGUCCUGAGCAAGAGCCAACAAAGGCCAUUUGAUAUAUAAAAUUGUGAUAUUUUUGUAUGGAGUGUUGGUCCCCUUUCCAUUUGUUGAGGUUUCAGCAGGGCAAAUAUUUGUAGUUUGUUCUUUUCUUCAUUUUUUUUACAUUGUUCUUCUCUGGUUGGACUUUUUUGCCUUGCUCCUCUUUGGUAAUGUUGGACAUAAGUGUGUGAACGUUGUUGUGGUUCAGUGUUGCUUUUCUGGAUGUCGGUACAUUGUAGGUGAAGGACUAAAUCAGCCACAAAUGUCUGCUUUGUAACUAUAACAAAAAAAAGAGAGAAAUGUAUUGUGAUGCCAAUGAUCAAUUACACACAAAUCGUACUUCACGAUUUCAAACAAUCAAUGUUGCCAAUAUAUUGUUUUUUGUUACUUGAAGUGACUGAAAAUAGGGGCAGGGAGAUAUGGGGCAGGGUGGGACAGGGGUGGGGUUUGAGUAAUAUACCUGUCUUGUGUCUUGUAGUAUUCUGGAAAACACUGUGAGUUUGGGGGAACUUUCUCCCCUUCUGAGAUUUAAAGCAAGCCUAAGUAGCUCAAUGGAAGUGCGAUGGCGGAUUAAAAGAGUUUCAUAUUGGGCAACGAUAACAGAUAUUAAGCCACACACUAGUGUCACUGUCCUCUAUACCUUCUUUUAUUUACUUCCCAUGGAGUACGAGUAUAUAAAUGUAUGUGUGUGUGUGUGUGUGUGAGUGAGAGAGAGAGAUCCUGUUAGUGUCGAAUGCACUAAUCAAAUCUUAAUGUUCUAUGCCACUUUUCUCUCUAUAAGAUUAAAAGAUAUUGGCAUUGAUCUAGUUCUUCCCUCGAUGUUACUCUGAUGUUUCUGUAAUAUUUGUGCCUAAAUGAAAUUGUUCAAAUUGUCCAUCGAUAUCUGCUUCGUUUCUGUAUUUUUCAAAACUUACUCGGUGUCUCUAGAGCUCCAGGGAUGCCACUGCGAUCACACUGUGGCUGCUUGUUGGUUAAAAAAUUAACCAUGUGGGAAAAGCUAUUGGAUCAUUAUAGGAUCUGUUUUUCAUUAGUGACUAAAUAUCCGAUUCUGCAUAGCUAUUGUAUUUUGUACACAAAGAUUAAAAAAAAAAGGUAAACAUUCUUUGGAAUGAAAUGUGCAUUUAUCUCAAGAGAUUUUUUUUUUUUAAGUCAAAAAUUUUGGCAGUUUCUUCAAUCGUUUUAAUAUCAGCAGCAGGUUUUGCUGAGUAAAGCUGAUGAUGGUGUGUUUUUGUACACUGAUGUGACUGCCCCAGCUGGACAUCACUGUUAUUUUGGUUGGAGUACUUAUAUUAUCAGUGCAUGUAAAGAGACAGUGUCAUCCUGGCAUCCCUGGAGUUUGGCUCACUAUGUUUGCGUAUGGUGUUUUAGCAAGAGUAGACAUUUCACGCCGUGUUGAUGCAUGUGCCAUCGAGGUCUAGAUGAAAUUGUUGGAAGCACCAAGACCCCUUUUUUUUUCUUUUUUUUCUUUUUUUUAAAUUAGCACUGAGGACCAAUCGCCCUUUCGGACCAAGCGCAACAGAGCUUUUCUAUGUAACCAAGUGUUUCUUUAAUUCACCCUUUAUCUCUCUCUCUGUCUCUCUCUCUCUUUCUGUCUCUUUCUGUCUCUCUCUCUGUCUCUCUCUCUCUCUCUCUCUCUCUCUCUCUCUAUAACCCCCAUUUUCCACCUUUACUUUAUCCCAUUUUCCGGCUUAUCUGUUUGUUUGUUUUUUCUUAUUGUGACAGCACAAGUGCCAGUCCAGUUGCUUUGUACUAAAAAAUAGUGUUUUUAUAAUUAUUUUGAAUUGUUCUAGUUACGUCUACCUCAGCACCUAAUCUUAGCCUAAUCUUAGAAGGUGCCCAAUUAUUUUUUUUCUGUUGUCAAUUGUAAAAAAAUAAAAUAAAAAAAAUAGUAAUUAAUUUGCAUUCAGCUUUGCAAAAGGUCCUUUUGUCUUUUUCCGGCCACAUGCUAUUUUUGUAGCACCACUUUCUGGCAAUUGUGCUACGGAUAUCGGCAUCGGUUUCUGAUGUAGUUUUCUUUCCUGGUAGGAUCAGACACAUCUCUUUGUAACAUUUCAGUGUUCUCUGAUGGAGUGUGGAAAAAAAAUAAAAAAGAGAUUAAAGAGA